UCCAGGUUAUGUAGCUAACUUUUCAAGGCAGAUCCAGUGGCUAAGCAUGGCAGGAAACAGAAUCACUGGGACGAUCCCCUCAGGUAUCGGAAAUCUUGUCAACCUCAACGACCUAGAGUUAGGGGGGAACAAUCUGCAUGGUCCUAUUCCAGAGGGGAUUGGGAGACUGAACCUGCAAAUUUUGUUGCUUCAACAGAAUGACCUUUCCGGACAUAUACCAUCUUCUUUCGGCAACCUCACACUGCUGCAGAAUUUUUCCUUGUCCAACAAUAGAAUCGACGGCCCCAUUCCUAAAAGCCUUGCAAACUUGCAGCAGUUACCUAGCCUAGACUUAUCCUCUAAUCUACUGACUGGGUCCUGGAUCACCCCUGAUGAGAUCUUUGGCCUUCCUUUCUUGACAGAUUUUCUAUCUCUGUCCAAUAACUAUUUGUCAGGUGUCCUGCCUCGACAAGUUGGAAAGCUGAAAAAUAUUGCAAGUUUGGAUCUGUCAAAAAACAACUUGUCAGGAGAAAUACCAGGGAGUAUUCCCCCAUCACUUGGUAAUUUGAGAGGACUGAGCAGACUAAAUCUUAAAAAAAAUGAAUUGUCUGGAAGUAUCCCACGAGAGUUGGCCAAAAUCAAUGGGUUACAGCAGUUAUAUCUAGCACAAAAUAACCUGUCUGGGGUCAUUCAACCACUUUUUCAGAACUCAAGUGCUUUGAUUGAGCUAGACCUCUCCUUUAACCAUCUGGAUGGUGAGGUGCCUUCAAGCAGUGUGUUUGCAAACAUGAGUCGAUUCUCGCUGAUUGGUAACAAUGGACUUUGUGGCAGCAUUCCAGAGCUGAAAUUGCCUCCAUGUCAAGCGGAAAAUAACAGUGGGCAGGAUGAAGAUUGCUGGCCUCGGUGGUUGCAUCCAAGAGCAGAUGAGCAGUGGCACAAGUUGAGUAUUGUCCAGCUGCUGAACAUAGCGGUUGAUGCUGCAGAUGCGCUAGACUAUCUUCACAACAAUAGUCGGCCAUCAGUAAUCCACUGCGAUUUGAAGCCGAGCAACAUCCUCCUUGGCAGUGACUGGACUGCCAAGGUUGCUGAUUUUGGGAUACCAGAAAUCAUCGACCCGGCUCUGUUACAGGUGCAGCAUCCAUAUGAUGAUGAUGAUGCAAGGUUGGAUAAUGCAUUAGCUUGCUUAGCUUCUGUUAUAAGAAUCGGAAUCUUGCGCUCAAAGGAAACACCAUCUGAGAGAAUGAACAUGAAAAAUGCUGCCACCGAACUGAAUAAAAUCAGGGGCGCGGCAAUGGAAUCCUCUUCGCUAUAA